UUUAUCUGUAUCUGUUCUUUAAAAUUGUACAUUAGAUCAAAGUGAACAGUGAGUUGUAUUUGCAACAUGAGUGUUCGACGUGACGACAAUAGAAUGAUCACUUCUGUAAAUCCGAAUGAAGCGAAGUUAAGUAUUACUACGCACAUUUUGGACGUUAGUAGAGGGUUGCCUGCUGACGGUUUGGCAGUACGUCUUUACAAGUUCGAAAAUGAUAAGUGGAUUUUUUUAAAAGAGAGUAUAACAGAAUCAAAUGGACGUUGUGCAGAUCUACUACAGGACGAGGAAGAAAAUUCUAUGCCCGGUAGAUUCAAGAUUGAAUUUCGAGUGAAUGAUUAUUUUAAACGAAACUCGACCAAUUCGAUGUAUCCGUUGAUUGAUAUAGUAUUCGAUGUACAAAAUCCUCAUGAACAUUAUCACAUUCCUUUGCUACUGAGUCCUUUCGGAUUUACUACAUAUCGCGGCUCGUAAUCGAUAUUAUCUGCGAUAAUGGAUAUUCUAAAACAUCCUUGAAGGAUUUACUGAAAAAAUAUAUUUCAUUUGCAUAGAUAAUACAUGCCGGUCAAAUUGCGUAAGAAAAGAUAUAUGAUGGAAUAAAAUAACGAUAGUACAAGAGGGAGACUUAUGAAAACUUCAUUACAUAAAUAUUGUAAAAAAUAAACAAAAUCAAAAUGAUUAUCAAGAGUUUAUCUCGUUAAGUGUUUAUUAUUGUUGAUAUCAGCGUUAUUUAUUUGACAAAUUUUACAUCUUUCAUCCUUUUAUAUCACAAGACAAAUUUAUUUUAUGCGAGCUGUAAAAUUGAUUUUUUA